AUGAUAACCAUCUUUCAAGUGCUUGGGGAACAAACAACUUCCAAUCAUUUUACAGGAAUUCAAUCAAUCUCUUGGAAUAACUAUACACCAUCAUCCAAGGAGACAAAGAAGGAUGCAAAAGCUAUGGAUGAUGAUGACAAGGAAGAAACAGGAAGACACCAAGAGGCGAAAAAGAAGCUAAGAAAAGGGAAGGCAAAGAAGCAACAAGAAGGCCAUGAGAGGAGGCAAAGGGAAGCAACAUUGGAGCCAAAGUUGGUGCCCCAACGUUGCUGGAAACGUCACUCCCCACAGCCUGAAGAGUUUGAGGGUAGAGAUCCCAGGCCACCUACUCUAGAUACACCAGAGCCCAAGCCUGAGACUGAGCCUAUAGUGGAGGAGCCAGUAGUGGAUGAGCCAGCAGCUGAGAGAGCUGAAGAGGGAGCACAGACAGCAGCACAAGAGCCAGCUGACCAGGCCGCUCAGGAGCCGGCAGCUGAGACCAUUCCAGAACCUUCCCGUACCAUCAUUGUUUAUGAGUGA